CCUUAAGUGAAGAAAGCGAAUCGGCCAAAUGUUUACUAGAGAUGACUAAGAAAGUGUUAGAGCAAAAUGCUUCUAUUAUGAAAAAACAAGAAGCAUUAGAAAAAGGAGCAAUGCAAGAGAUCAAGAUUGUCGUAGACAAUUGGCUUUAUCCCAACGAUAAAAUUUAUGAACAUGCUAUUAAAAAAGAGCUUGAAGCUCUUUGUCCGGACCGGAUGGAACGAUACAAAAAAGCUUCUAGAUGGGAGGCUUUAUUUUGCAAAAUUGAAAACUUAGUAAAUAGUAUUAUUUUAAUCCUAAGUUCUGCAAGUGCCGACAACCUGGACGCGAUAGUCGAAGAAGAUGACAAAACGUACCUUCAGAUGGUUGCUAAACGGGUUUUUGGAAGACAACCUACCAAAAAUCAGUAUGCACGUAGUGAUAAUGAUGAAGAAAAUCUUGAAGAUGAAUCUUCGA